CACACACACACACACACACACACACACACACACUCACAGAGGAAAAAGGAAAAGAAAAAAGUGUCAAACAUGACACGACAUGGAUUUGGAGACAUCCAGGCUCUCUAACCUUAAAUUCUCAUCCAACCGGUCACGCGAAAUACGAGAAUCCAUGUCAGGCGGUGCGGCUGGAAUUACUCACUCCUUCAGCCCGCUGUCGGGAGCCGCUCGCUCGCUUCACUCCGUCCUCUCAGACCUCAUGUGGACAGACGUGCGUUAGCCGCCGAAACAGUUACACGGCUGGUUUUCUCCUCGCCGAGUUGAACUCCCAGCUCUGAAGAGAUGUCAGACUUGAGGCUUAACAGCGAAUAUCUCUACAGUUUCCCGGCGGCUGGGAUGAACGAGUUCACCAGAGUUAUGGACUCGCUCUCUGACUCCGACUGGCUGAGAUUUGCAUCUCAAGUAAUAUCGGAUCAGACUGAACUACGGCUGGUGGAGCAAAACAGCCGACGGACAGAAACACUAAUGCACAAGUGGGGCUGUAGAAACGGCACAGUUGGGGAGCUUGUGGACCUCCUCCAAGACCUGGAGCUGUUAAGGCCAAGAGAUAUCAUCCUUAAAUGGAGGCGUAUUCCACAGCCUAGCUCUGUCUCACUCCCUCCCAGCUUCCUGCCACCUUCCAACCUCACCCGCUACAGCACUCCCCCCUCAUCACUAUUUACCCCAUCCAAAGAGGUUACCCUGAUGCUUCCCAGCCAUGAGAACAGGCUGCUGCCCAAACCCGGACCCCCACCCCCGGAUCUGGAGUCGACGCGCUUGUCUCCGCAGUCAACACAGUCUGCGAAAGACGAGCAUUCCUGCGAGUGCCUUGCAGCUCGCCCGUCUCUGUUCGCUAGCGUCCUGUGCUGGCCGUUUGUAGAAGUGCAGCAGGGCACAGACAAUUUCUCUGCAUCUCGGAAGAUCGGAGAGGGAGGCUUUGGGCAUGUGUACCGCGCCUCCAUGAGGAACACUGACUUUGCAGUCAAGAGGCUGAAAGAGAAUUCCCAUAUGGGCUGGAGUGUGGUGAAGGAAAGCUUUAAAACCGAGGUGGAACAACUCUCACAAUACAGGCAUCCGAACAUAAUGGACCUGGUUGGCUAUAGUGUUGGAGGUGGAACAUACUGCCUCAUAUAUGUCUUCAUGCCCAGUGGCUCUUUGGAGGAUCAGCUGCACUGUGAAAAUAGUACUGCCCUCUCCUGGUCACAGCGUGUGAAUGUCUUGUUGGGCUCAGCAAAAGCUAUUCAGUAUCUCCAUUCUUGUUUCCCUGCACUAAUUCAUGGAGAUGUCAAAAGCUCUAACAUCCUUCUUGAUGAACACCUUGAACCCAAGCUGGGGGACUUUGGCCUCGCGCGUUUGUGUCAAAACCCCAACAGAACUCCAGGGAAGACGAGCAGUGUGGCUCAGACAGCGACAGUACGGGGAACACUAGCGUACCUGCCUGAUGAAUAUCUGAAAGAUGGCCAGCUGGGCGUGGAGAUCGACAUCUACAGCUUCGGAGUGGUGUUGUUGGAGGUCCUUACUGGCAGAAGAGCUUUAGACACUGACAGCAAGUCGAAGACUGUCUACCUGAAAGACCUGGUGUCAGAAGUUGAGGAUGAUGGGAAGAGCUUCAGCAAAGGGAGGAAUUCUCGGGAGCUGGCCUUUUCCCAGGCAGCUGACAACAUCUGGAAGAAGCAUCUGGAUCCUCGACUGAUGACGGAAGGCAUUUCUGACCCUCAUGGUUCCAGGGAACUCUCUCAGCUGGCAUGCCGCUGCUUAGACCGCCGGAGAAAGAAAAGGCCUCCAAUGACCGAGGUCUUCAAAACUCUUCAAGACGUGCAUUUGGGACUGAAGGCCUUUGGCAGGUCUGGCAUAGUCAAAACGUCUCUGGCUCCUCCGCAUCUGUCCACCCCGAUGCCGCUGUGCUCCGAAAGCCGCUGUCUGGACUUUCUCACUCAUCAGUUCUCUAAGCUUGUUCCCCAAGAGGACACUUACUGCUGCCCACACAAACACAGCUCCCUCCCUCUCCCUUCUGCAGUGACUCACUCAGAAGCCCCAGAGUCACAAAGGAGUGAGGGAUUAUGGGAUACUCGGUACUCCUCAGUUCGUGCACCCUGCGAAUCGGAUGAGAGUCAGGGCUUCUCGCAGUGUUUUGCACCACAGACAAAUCAGUGUCAGCUGUGGUGUGGAGGACACAGUGAUGUUAAGAGCACACAUACAAGCAACUUCUCUGUUGUGGCUCCAUCCAGCUGCAGUUCAGAUGAGAGAGUGAUAAUUAACCCAGUCAGGCAGCGCUUGGUUGAGAAAAUGGCACUUUAUGAAGAAGGCAGAAUCCCAACCUCAGACCUCCUCUCAUCUGCCGCUCCAUCAUGCAGACUAACAAAUUCUCAAAGACGGGAACCAGAGGAGAGUGACGAGAGCGCCAGCAAUUUUGGUUAGGUUGCUGGAGCUGAUGUGAACUGACGUAUGCUGAAGUAUGAGGCCAACACUUAAGAGGAAAUCGGACACGGAGGAGUUCAGGAGCUGGUCGGGAUUUCCCAACAUCAGAGUUCUCAACACCAAAUGGUGACCUACAGAAAGUGUUUUCUUUGGAUACUGUUGUUUAUUGCUGAACCAUGAAUUCUGACUUACUUGACCAAUACAAGUAUGUUGCAUAGCCACUGGAAA